GAGGUUAUUUAUAUACUGACUAAAUAUUCGCACUGUUAGUCGGGAGAUUCGCAGGUUCCAAAGCUUUGUUUUACAAGAUGCCUUCUAUUAAAGAACUGCUGAAAGAAGGCGCGAUUCAGAUUGGUUCCGGAGGAUCGGCAGGAUUCGUGGAAGUGUGCAUAAUGCAUCCUCUAGAUCUAGUUAAAACAAGGCUUCAGAUUCAAUGUGGUAAUUCCAUGCGAAAGGGGGACCCGAAAUAUUACUCUGGCGUGUUUGAUUGCUUGCGAAAGAUGUACCUCCACGAAGGUAUAACUUCUUAUUGGAAGGGAAUCGUUCCCCCCAUUUUGGCGGAAACCCCCAAAAGGGCGGUGAAGUUCUUUACGUUUGAACAGUAUAAACAGUUCUUUAUGUUUGGCGCGUCCGCUCCUACCCCUUUGACAUUUUCGCUUGCCGGAUUGGGAGCGGGCAUAACCGAAGCGAUUCUCGUGAAUCCUUUCGAAGUGGUUAAGGUAACCCUGCAGGCGAACCGAGCCGUCGGCAAAGAGCUUCCCAGUACCUGGUACGUUACUAAAGAGAUAGUGGGAAAACACGGUUUCGGAUUUAGAGGACUUAACAAAGGCGUUACCGCGACCAUAGGUCGAAACGGGGUUUUUAACAUGAUUUAUUUCGGGUUCUAUCAUUCCGUUAAGGGUUACUUGGCCGAGUACCAGGAUCCGGUCAAGGAAUUCUUCAGAAAAGUGGCCAUAGGUUUCGUGUCUGGCACACUGGCGUCAUGUAUAAAUAUACCAUUCGACGUGGCAAAAUCUAGGAUACAGGGACCUCAGCCCAUAAUGGGGCAAAUAAAGUACAAAGGUACAUUUCAGUCGAUGCUCAUCGUGUAUCGAGAAGAGGGGUAUUUUGCCCUGUACAAAGGUCUUAUUCCGAAAGUUUUAAGAUUAGGACCCGGAGGUGCUAUAAUGCUGGUGGUUUACGAUUAUGCUCAUUCGUUUUUAACAGAAACGUUUAAGUGAUCAAAAUAAUGUGAUUCUUAUGGCUUGUUUUACCUAAAAUAUAUAAUAAACGAAAAGUUUCGGCCAUGAUUUUUAUUAAAAUUAAACUUCGGAAGAAAUUCACAGCUUCAUUUGUUGACUUCGAAUGUGCCCGUGGAGGUCCAUCAGUUCAUUUUUCAGGCUAUCGAAGAUAUCUGUUAAACUGAAACAUAAAAUAAUUAAAUUUUAAGUUGUUUCCGACUGUCGGGGCGAAAAAACUUAUGAAAAUUGUUUUCUAAUUUCUAGAAUUGUUUGGUUUUUGCUCUAAAGUAGUGGAGGUGCUCGAACAUUAUAUCAGGCCCGAUUUCGAUCGCUCGUAUCGCCGCUUGAGGGCGCUCAUCUAGUCUAACGCACAAGUGAAAACUGCGCUUUUUAGCUUAUACUAUAGGUAAAAGAAAUGAAGACAAGAUAAUGCUGCAAACUUUGGGAAUAUUCUCGCUAGUAAUGUCACGCCAGUAGUGUUUAACCAAUCAGAAUUGAUUUUGUUGACGGGUUUCC